UGUGCCUAGUACUACUCAUCACAAACUUUCACAAAGAAUCGAAGUUACGUACCUCUCUCACCUUCCAUUAUUUUCAGCAACAAUCAUGGAAGUCGAGAGAGACCAACGUCCGCAUACAGCAUCUCUUAUGGCCGAGACGAUCCCUGUAGUGGAUCUAAGCAACCUUGACGAAGAGCAAGUGUCGCGUGCGGUGGUGAAAGCGAGUGAAGAGUGGGGGAUCUUUCACGUGGUUAAUCAUGGAAUACCGAUGGAUCUGAUAGGGCGGUUGAAGGAGGUUGGUGCACAGUUCUUCCAUCUCCCGGAGAAGGAGAAGAAUGCCGUAGCGAAACAAGCUGGCUCCAAAGACUUCGAAGGUUACACCACGAAUCUCAAGUACGUCAAAGGAGAAGUUUGGACUGAGAAUCUUUUUCACAGAAUCUGGCCACCCUCUUGUAUCAAUCUUACUUAUUGGCCCAAUAAUCCUCCUCAAUACAGAGAAGUAAUUGCAGAGUACACAAAGGAGACAAAGAAGCUAUCAGAGAGGGUUUUGGGGUAUCUAUCAGAGGGAUUAGGGUUACCACGUGAGGCCUUAUUACAAGGUCUUGGCGGCGAGUCGACUGAGUAUGUAAUGAGGAUCAACAACUAUCCUCCUGACCCCAAACCGGAGUUGACUCUGGGAGUACCAGAGCAUACUGAUAUCAUCGGUAUCGCAAUCAUCGUCACCAAUGGAGUUUCAGGUCUCCAAAUUUUCAAGGACGAUCGCUGGUUCGAUGUCCACUACAUUCCCACUGCCAUAACCGUCAACAUUGGCGAUCAGAUUCUGAGGCUGAGCAAUGGAAAGUACAAGAAUGUGUUGCAUAGAGCAAUAGUGGAUAAGGAAAAACAGAGGAUGUCAUGGCCGGUCUUUGUGGAUGCUAAUCCUGAUGUGGUCAUCGGACCAUUGCCUGAGCUAAUUACCGAGGAUAGUCCCGCUAUGUUCAAGCCUAUUACAUGCAAGGACUUUAAGUACCGGAGACUCCUUAAACUUCCAGUCGACUGAACUCAAAUAUAAUAUCGGACCAUUGUGUGUUUUGUUUGACCACUACCACAUAUUGCUAAAAUUUUAAAUAACGAGCAUGUAAGAAACCAUUAUAUUUAUAGAAGAAUACCCGCGUUACACUCAAAAAUAUUUUCAUAUAUCAUUUUUUUUAAAUGACUGAAUCUACUGUAGAAAGUAAUAUUGU